CACUCCAUGUCCACUGACCAUGCCUGCAGGUGUGUCUUGGGCCACCUUCCUGAAAACGUUUGCUGCUAGCCUCCUGACCAUGUGUGCCGAGGCCAAAGGGGUGCAGAGGUACCAUAGGCUGGACCUGACAAUACUUGAAAUUCCACCAAAGCCCGGGGAAUUCAAAAUGAAGCUUUUGGGAAUGAAAAAGACACACCAUGAACCACAAGUUUCUCGGCAAUAG